AUGGAUGGCCAGAGAAGCCUGAUGUCCCUGGAGAUAGAAAUUCAAACGGACCUAGCGGCAAUGGACAUGGAAACGGGGGAGGAAGAAGAAGCUGAAGAGCACGAGAUCGCUGGAUCAGUGAAGACAUUCCUGCAUACCUUUGAGGCGCUGAUGCUUCGGGAGCAGCAGACCAAGCGCCGGGUCAACAAGAUCAAGUCCAAGACGUGCCCCCAACCAGGAUCUUCCAGGCUUACCCUAUGGCGUGAAAAGCAUGGCAUCUCCCUGAACUUCGCCUGCACCGACCAGCUGAACCUCCCCGAAAGGUGUACCGCCCCUGAUGCUGCGCAGCACGAAGUGAGCUUCAGGCUCGCGAGUGGCGCUUUCGUGCAAGCAGAGGAAGAAGCGGACGGGACACUGAAGGUGCAGGCUCAACAGCCUGUUACGGAGAUCGCCUACAAGCAGCUCACGGAGGAUGAGCCCUGUCCUAUCCGGGGGGUCUGGCUACACCCGGAGGCCCUCACCUGGACGAUGGUUUCCGACGCGGGCAGAAGGCGCCUCUUCCUCGCGAAAGCUGCCCCGGUGCAAAACUUUGAGAUUCCAGCGAAGUGGCAGGAGCCUGGCAUGGAAAGGCUCUUCUGGGCCGAGAUGAGCUUCUACCAGGCUUUUGAGCUGGAGAUGGCCAUGAUGUCCGCCCUCUUGCGGAAGCUCCUGAAGGCCAGGGCCCAUCCACCAAAGGACAAGGUCUACUUCCCCCAGGGCCGGGAGGCCUUUGCUGAGUGGCCCGGCCGUGACCGACACCAGCUGUGGGCUUCCCUGUGGCUGGCCAUGCGGUUCCGGCCUGGGCGCGACUACAGCGACUGUGAGGUGGAGUGGAUGGUGGCUCGGCAUCUCUGUCAUCCAAGUACUUCGCUCAUGGCCGCUGUCGCUGCGGAGCUGAGACGGCGGGGUUUCCUCCAGGACGUUCCGGGCGGCACGCGCCUAUCCGUUGAGGGCGUCCGCUGGGUGCUCGACGGGGAUAAGCUGUUCAGGUCCAGGAAACCCGAAGCAGCCAGUGGCAAGGCAUGGUGGCAGCUGCCCUUGAACUCGCAGCACGUCCUUCUGGCGGAUGGCUUGAUCGCCGGGGAGCAGACCAGGGCUUAUCAGCCAGAGCCUUCAGGCGGCGUUCCCAUGUUCGAUGCCUUCCGCUGUGUGCUCUUGGGAGUCGGCAAAGAGGUGCUGUUGCAGUUUCGAGGCGCUGGCGGUCCGGUCCCCACCUGCCUAGGGCUUGGGACGGUCUCGGAAGCUGGCGACUGCUUUGCGUGCGUGGAGCAUGCAGUCUCUGCAGGCGAUGUUUGUGUGGAGUGCACAGUGACGUCGGAGGACCGCCUUCCUCCCUUCCGCCUUGAUGGCCGACUGGGUGGAUCUUGGCUUGUAUUGUGGUGCCAACCCAUGCCAACCCCUGAGGAGAUCUUGAGUUCGGGUCGCUCCUCGGCCCGCUGCUUCCUCCCUGGGGCCGUGGCCAUCGUGGACGGUACCGGCGAGGAGGGCGCUGCAGCCUUCUGCCAGGACUUCACGGCUGCGCGGGGCCGGCUGGAGGUGCAGCUCGCAUCCUUCCUGACCGGCGCCAGGCCUCAACUGAAGCAGUGGCCGAGCAAAGGCAAGAUUCAAAAGGCAGCCGCGCGUUGGCUCGCUCUUCAUUUCUGGCCGGGCAAGAGCUAUGCGGAGAUCGAGGUGGACUGGAUCAUUGCCACCCGGCACCACAUCAGCGCUAAAGCUCCAGACUGUGGACGGAUACGGAAAGACCUUGAGAGGACCGGCUUCGUGCGCAGGGAGGCUGGCGGCGGGAAGUUCUGUUUGCUGCCGGAGAAGGUGGACCAACUGCUGCUGGAAGCAGAGAGCUAG